CUUUAAACCCCGCCCGCAGUGCACGGCGCGGGACGCCGGGCGCCUCUAGGAGCCGGCAGCAGAAAACAAGCCGGCUCCCGACACAGAAUUAACAAAGGCGGGAGGCCGGCCGUCCUCACCGCGCGCGCACGCAGCGCCCGGAGGAGCCCCCUGGCGGCCGAGCUCGCGGGGCGCGGAUCUGGACGGCGCUGGGGGCGCAAAGGCAGGGGGCGCUCGGCUCCCGGGCCCCGGACCCGCACCCGGCUUCCCGCCCCGCUCCCCACUCCACUUCCAGCGCUGCGUCCUGAGUCUGACAGCGGCGCCAGCCGCCUGAUCGUGCAGAUCCGAGCCUGUGUUCAGGUGGGAAACCGAGGCCCGGGGAGCACCUGCAGACAUGGCCCAUGGUGGGGCAGAUGAGCCCCCCUCGGAGAGUCUGGAUGGUGAUGUUCAGAGCCCCAAGGACAGAUCCUUGCUCCAUCAGAGCCUGGCCAUCAGGGAGCUCGUGGACACCGAGGUCUCCUAUUUGCACAUGCUGCAACUCUGUGCAUCGGACAUCAGGAGCCGUCUCCAGCAGCUCCCUCAGGGAGAUCUGGCUAUUCUGUUCUCCAACAUCGAUGAGAUCAUCCAGGUGAACAGCAAAUUUCUGCAUGGUCUGCAGGAGACAGCCUCCAAGGAAGAGGAGCAAGUGUACCUAAUUGGUAACUUAUUCCUGGGAUUCCAAGAGGACUUUGAGCAAGUCUACAAGGUCUAUUGUGCCAACUAUGACCAGGCCCUGCUGCUGUUGGAAGCGUACCAGAAGGAGCCAGAGCUGCAGCGGGAGAUCCAGACUAUCGUCCAGACUGUGCUGCCACAAGCUGGAUCGUCAGGCCUCAGUUUCAUACUGGUAAUUCCUCUGCAGAGGAUUACCAAGUACCCAUUGUUGCUGCAGAAAAUUCUGGAGAACACACUCCCCGAUGACAGUGCCUACCCUGUCCUUCAGAGGGCAACCUCUGCCCUCCAGGACGUGAAUGCCAACAUCAAUGAGUACAAGAUGCGCAAGGAAGUGGCCUCCAAGUACACCAAGGUGGAGCAGCUGACCCUCCGGGAGCGACUGGCCAGAAUCAACACGCACACCCUUUCCAAGAAAACCAACCGACUGAGCCAGAUGCUAAAGCAGGAGGCUGGGCUUGUACCCAGGACGCAAGACAAAGACUUCGAUGAUUUAGAGGAGAGAUUCCAGUGGGUGUCUCUGUGUGUGACGGAACUGAAGAACAAUGUGGCCGCUUACUUGGAUAACCUGGAGGCUUUCCUUCGCUUCCGGCCUCAUGAAUGUGACCUGGACAUCCCCAGUGGGCCUGCGGUGCAGUACUGUAGCCUGGCCAGAGACCAGCACGAGACCUUCCUGGAGUUUAAGCGACGACUGGAAGGGUUGGUGUGGUGCCCUCUGAACAGCCUGGCCAAAGUCCUGGUUGGCCCCCGAAACCUGAUCAAGAAGCGUCUAGAUAAACUCUUGGAUUUUGAGAGGCUGGAGGAGAAGCUGCUGGAAGUGGGCAGCGUGACCUAUGAGGAGGAGGCUGCCCGGCACACAUACCAGGCCCUCAACUCGCUGCUGGUGGCUGAGCUCCCGCAGUUUAACCAGCUGGUGGUGCAGUGGCUGAGCCAGAUCCUGCGCACUUUCGUGGCCCUGCAGAGGGAUCUCGCAGAGCAAGUGCUACAGAAGGCAGAGGGCAGCAUAGCUCAGCUGCCCCACCACUGCGUCUCCGAGCCGGCCUUCAGGAAGCUGGUGGAGGAUGCGAUAGGCCAAACCAGUAAACAGCUUCGCUCCUUUCAAGAGAACUUCGAGAAAGUGCUGCCGCCUCCCACCUCACAACCGCUCCUCCCAGGCUCUGAACGCCAGGUGCAGGCUCUUCUGAACAAGUAUGGCCCUGGGAAGCUUUACCAGGUGACAAGCAACAUCAGUGGAGCAGGGACUCUGGACCUGACACUGCCACGGGGCCAGGUUGUGGCCCUCCUUCAAAACAAGGACACCAAAGGCCACAGCAGCCGCUGGCUGGUGGACACUGGAGGACAUCGGGGCUACGUGCCGGCUGGGAAACUGCAGUUGUACCAUGUCAUCCCCAGUGAGGAGCUCAGAGGACAGGCAGAGCUGCGGCGCGGCUCUCACCGUCUAGCACCAGAGCCUGCCCCCACCCCAGCGCCCUCUGUCCCAGCUGUGACGCAGGUGGUAGCUGCGUACCCCUUCGUGGCCAGGAGCACACACGAAGUGAGUCUGCAGCCAGGCCAACCCGUGACCGUCCUGGAGGCUCACGACAAGAAGGGCAACCCCGAAUGGAGCCUGGUGGAAGUGAAUGGACAGAGGGGAUACGUGCCUUCUGGCUUCCUGGCCAGGGCCCCGAGCCCCAGCCCCUGGGGCUGGACUCUGCCCUCAUAGGGGGCCCUCCCUGGAGCCCGCAUUGCCAAGGGAUGGGAGGGGCUUUGAGGCUGUGACCCUGUUAGGAAGUGAAGCAAAGAAAGUACAGGAUUGGCGAAGGAGACCAGACCAGGUGAAUGGAGGCGCCUGGGUAGGUGGCCCUGAUCACUCAUUGUGUCUGUGGAAGGGAGCCUUUGCCACCUAGGGUCACAGCUGAAUGGCCAGGACUUGCCAUAGCUUGUAACCAGUUUUGCCUGUGCCUCUGUCUGGGCCUGGCUAUCACCCCGGUGAGUGUCACCUGUGCAGUUGCAGGGAAGAGACUAGAGAAGUACAGGACUACCUGGCCUUACCGUGCACUUCCUGUGUGUGCAAUCUGGGAACACAGGGCUGACUGGUCAGCUUUCGUUUCUCCAUGCUGGGAGCUGAGUUAUCUUGGACAGUUAACCCCUGGGAACCCUCUCCGUGGCAGUGGAGAGGUUCCCAGGAGACUCUUGCCUGGGCCUGGGAGUGGGUGUGAUGCCAUCACUGCUCUGGAAUGUGUAGGAAAAUUCCCAGGGAGCUCCAGGGUACAGGGGAUUUUGAUGGUGUGUCAGGUGAGGUGAAUAAUACCACCGGCACCUGUUGUAGCAUGCUGCCAUUUUCCCGGGAGUAGGACCUGCAAAUCAGUGCAGAAACUCUGAGGACGCCGUCUCCAAGCUGGUGGGUGGGGAGGCAAGGCAAUGGCACAGUUUCCUGAUUCUGCAUAAAAGAGCCGGGAACUCCAUGGUUUCAGGUUGCCUCCCAGGGUCAGUUACUGUGGCCUUGAUGCCAUAGGACACUACUCCAUUCCUCCCACCCAGGUUGUGAGACUGGCAUGAUGCCAAGGGUGCAGAGGCUCCUUGGGAACCAUAAAAUGUGACACCAGAGUCAGUACCAUCAGUGGUGUCAGGAUGGCUUUGGCCACCAGCAGAUGGGAGGGUCAUGCUGCCACCCCUCAUGCUUGUACCCAUGGCGGCAAAAGUAAUCUGCCGAUGUAGAAACGCAGGCUCUAUCAGGGUUCUUUCUCAGUGUGUUCAUUGUGGAUUUGCAGCAAGGAUUCUGCAUUCUCAGACACAUUUGUUGAGAGAUUGUGUGUGGGACUGUCACAGAGCGUACUCGUAGAGAGUAGCCAGACGACUGCUAGAUGAUACACUAUUUAAAGGGACCUCUGACAGACAUGCUGUCCAUAGGUGACUGCAUGCAGCAUGUGACUGUGCUAUAUCCUAGGUGGCUGAUCUCUUGAACUCUGAGUGACUCACCCCUUUCUUAAACCUGGAAACCAUGGCACCCUGCAAACUGUGUCCUGUCCCAGGCAGGCGGGCUGCUGGGGCAGCACUGGGUACAUCACGGGGACCGGGUAUAUUGCAGGCUUCUCAGAAAGGGGAAAAAGUGACAUACUGGGAUCUUCAUAUAGUUCAUAUUUGGAACUGGCCGCUGUGAGAAUGUGUGUGGAAUAGGUGGCAAUUAGAUUCAUUUCCAAGAAUGUCUCUGUUAUAACUAGAGUGCCUAACACUGUGAGCUCUGCUAUCUGAAGGGCUCUUGAGAAGUAUGUACUUGUCUGUGUCAGACAAUCUGUAAUGUGCCUCCUCUCAGCUUGUUAAAGCAUGAAGACUGCAUAAAGCCAGAGAACCGCAGCCCCCACAAUCCCUUCCUCAGCCCUAAAUUCACUUCACAAGAUGCUCUGGAUGCAUUUUCUUUUCUUUCCUGCUCAGAUUUCUGAUAAAAAUAGGGAUCAUAGGAGAAUAUGUUACGAAGUAGGAUAAGCAUUUGUGAGUCACACAGAUCCUUACUGGGAGCCCACUGUGUGCUGGGGCUCUGGUUUGGGGCUUUGCAGCAUGGCUGCUCACUGCAUUUGCUUUAAGCUAUGAUGCAAGCCAGAAGCUCACCCAGAGAGGCUCCUGGCGUGGCCUCGGGUGACCUGAGCUUUGCUCUUCAGGGAGCUCCCCGGCUGUGGGCAACGUGCAGCCAGGCCGAGGACCUCUGCCCUAGACGUGCAUGGUAGACACACAGACCUGGGAUCAGAGAUAGGAAGGGGUACACUAAAAUGUGCCCCAUCUGAGCUUUGUGCAGGCUGUUUAAACAGGCAGCACUGGAGGCAGUUUGAAAUAGGACAGCCUGUUCUUUCAGGUCCCAGAAUGUAUAUUUAUUAAGUGCCAUUAAAAGGGACCUGAACAAAAUUGGAUGUUCUUGUAGGCAUAAGGGAGAAAAAUGAAAUCUGCGUGGAACCAAGGCUAUCUUGUGAAGGGAACAUAAAAAUGUAUUCAGUAGCAUGUGGGUUAUGGUUUCUCAUAGACCAGGGGAUGAGAUUAAAAAUCAGUGAAGAGUGAGAAAAUGUGUAUUGGGAAGAAGGAGAACGGCCUGCAUUUUCUCCAGGGGGCUCUGUGUAAUGUGCCUUUUUACCCCCCACUCCCACCCCAUGCCUAGGACCAUUGUACUAUACCUCAUUUAUUUCCCUGGUGGCCUGUCAUGGGCUAACUGGCUGAGAUACUUCCUAAGAGCUGCACAGGACUUCCAGGAGGGGAAGCCUGGUCCACAAGGGCACCUCUACCCUCUGCAGCAGAGUGAGAUGUCUCUAACCCUCGGGGCUCUAACUCAGUCUUGGAUGUGAGGGCAUGAUUGCAAUGUCUGGGGAAAGAUGAAUGAAUUACUUGGUUGAACUCACUGAGUAACUGAUGUGAACUUUUGGGAAUAAAGGGCUUCAAAGAUGA